AGGUGUAAAAUUGGAAAAGAAAAUAGUAAAAAUGAGUAUUGUUAAAGUGACAAGUUGGAAGGUGAAAAAAAUGAAGCAGUUUUGUGAGAAAUGGGUACAAUACAAUGAUGCAUCGAUUUCAGUGAGAAAAUAGAUGGCACAGUGACCGUAUUUUGCUCCACACAGCUGGAGUUGUACGUUUAUGGCAUUAUUUCUCCACCCCACAUGCCUCAUCCGUCAUCCCCAACAACCCCAUUUCUUCACCUUUUUCAAUUUCUUAAUUACUAUUCUAUCCCACCAUUUCCUUCUAUAAAUCAAACCCCUCAGCCUUCUCCAAAGCCUCUUCUCCUCUUCCUCCUCACUCACCUAUACCCACUGUUACUUAUUCAUUUAUUUUUCAUUUUCUCUACCUCUUUUUUCUAUUAUCGCCUCGCGUUUCUGGUUGAUUGCAUAUCAACCACACAUAUCUCCCAUAGAAUCCUUCAUCUUUUCUGCCCCAAAAGAUAAAUACUUGUUUUUCUCCUCACCAACAAAUCCCAAAUCAUAUACUCAUACAAAAAUUGAUGCUGCAGCAAUCCUUGUUAAUGUUCAAGAUCAAUUGAUGUCUCCUGUUCUGAGUGAAGUGCUCCUGUCCGGUUUUAUGAUAAGUUCCUCCCUCCGCCGCCGCACCCAUCUCGUCCAAUCCUUCUCCGUCGUCUUCCUCUACUGGUUCUACGUUUUCUCAUAAACUCUUUUCCCCAAUCAAUUAAACCCUAAUUUCUAUACAUAUUUAAUUACAAAUAUAUAAAUCUAUAUACAAACAAUUCGUUGAUCCAAACACACACACACACACACAUGGCUACGUCAAGCGGGACAACGUCGUCCGGUUCGCCGCCGGUCCAGAAUUGGGAGGGCGCGAUGGACCAGCGGAAACGGAAGCGGAUGCAAUCGAACCGGGAGUCGGCGCGGCGGUCGCGGAUGCGGAAGCAGAAGCACCUGGACGACCUGAUGGCGCAGGCGGCGCAGCUGAGGAAGGAGAACGCGCAGAUUCUGAGCAGUGUGGGCGCCACCACGCAACACUAUGUGAAUGUGGAGGCGGAGAAUUCGGUGCUCAGAGCGCAGAUGAUGGAGCUCACGCAUAGGCUGGGAUCCCUCAAUGAGAUCUUGAGCUACAUCAACUCCAACUCGGCCGCCGUCGGCGCCGGGGGCUGCAUGUUUGAGUCCGAGGAGUUUCAGCAGGUGGGGUUUGGUGAUGGCGGCGCGUGGAAUUCCAUGGGGCUGAGCCACCACCCAAUCAUGGCGGAGAUGUUUGAUUACUGAUAGAUUUGUGUUUGUGAUCGGGAAAUGGUCAACAUGUUCUUGGCUGGAAUUAAGAUUGGGGGGUUUUUUUUAAUUAAAAAAAUAUUUAGUGGUUGUCUUUUGUUGUAUUUUUUAUUGAUAAGUUCGAUUAGCAUUUGGCGUAAAUGGAAUAUCUGCAAUUAUUGGGUUUGGAUCCCAUGUUUCAUAA